UGUCUGCUAAACGUUUGUCCGUCCCGUUCUGUAUUCUGUACCGGUUCCGUGUUCUGCGCGAAUAAUACAUCCUUGGUAUUCUCUCCUGAGCUUCUGGAUUGAUCAAAUCAUCUGGACCAUCUGUUUCUGGAAGCGUCCACACCGCUGACUCCCGCGGGCGUCACACACCUCCAACAUGCCUACCACGAGUCACUACGUCCUCAGCCACGUCAGAAAGAGAACUGAACGUAUAGCCCGAUGAACUAGUGUAGUCCGCUAAGCGAUCUAGCUGUGAUAUUAGUCUAAGUGUAAGUGUAAGUGAGGACAUGGAGCCGUGGGCGCCUGAGAAUGUUUGGCUGGUCGUGGUCAGCUUCGUGGUCGCCUUCGUGCUGGCCUGUGGUAUAGGAGCCAACGACGUGGCCAACAGUUUCGGCACCAGCGUAGGAUCCAAGGUGCUUUCGGUGAAGACGGCUUGUUGGCUGGCGACGGUCUUCGAGUUGGCAGGCGCCAUGCUGAUUGGCUAUAAGGUGUCCGAUACAAUGAGAAAAGGCAUCUUGCAAGUCUCUCUGUACGAAGGCGCAGAAGAAGAGUUCAUGAUCGGUCUACUCUCCUCCCUGGCGGGAAGUGGUAUUUGGCUGAUCCUGGCGACCUUCUUCAAGCUGCCAAUCUCGGGGACGCACUCCAUAGUUGGCGCUACUGUCGGCUUCUCGCUCGUCUGCCGAGGCACUCGGGGGCUCUCAUGGUCCACUCUGGCCACUAUUGUGGCAUCUUGGUUCAUCUCACCGGUGAUGUCAGGUGUUGUCUCCGUCACUUUGUUCCUGCUGAUCAGGAGGUUUAUUCUCCGUUCUCCUUCCCCGCUGGUCCCCGGUCUGCGCUCUCUGCCACUCUUCUAUGGAGUGACCAUCGCCAUCAAUGCCUUCUCUAUCUGCCACGACGGCCCUGAACUUCUGUACAUGGACAACAUCCCGACAUGGGUGGCGGUGGUGAUCAGUCUAGUUCUUGGUAUCACGUCGGCGCUGGUCGUACAGCUGGUACUGGUGCCGUGGCAGAGGUCAAAGAUUCUCGAAAUGAUGGGAACAGCUACUAAAGCUGACGUCCAGUUUGCUUUCGGAUACGAAACAGACUCAUCGCGAGAAGGCAGUCCGAGGCCGGUUCUCCGCGAGAAUACUCCUCUACCAGUGAUCAGCGAGAACGUGAAGGAGCCGACACAACUGUACACGUUCCCACGAGAACCGCUGGGUGCCACCAACAAUGGCUACUCUCUCGCGGAGACUCAGCUACAUCAGGCCAGCGGAAACAAGGACCAAGUUAACGGGGGAGGAGCUACGAAGGUACCUACUGAUCCAGUGCUUCUGAACAUUCCGACAAAUGGAACCAACACUCCAGCUUACGGUUUGUCGCCUAACAGCAGUGCAGUUCCCCUUAUUAAGGAAAGGACUUUGGAGCCAUUGACUUUGGAGCCGAACACCGUUGGGUCAGGAACUUUCGAUGAUCCUCCUGAGGUCACCAGGAUCUUCUCAUUCCUUCAGAUUCUCACGGCAACAUUUGGAUCUUUUGCCCAUGGAGGCAAUGAUGUCAGCAAUGCCAUUGGCCCGCUGGUGGCAGUCUGGCUGGUGUUCACGGAAGGUUCGGUUCAACAGAAAGCUCCUACGCCACUCUACAUUUUGCUGUAUGGUGGAGUCGGAAUAUCCGUUGGGCUGUGGCUGUGGGGUCGCAGGGUCAUCGAGACUAUUGGUGAAGAUCUCACCAAGAUUACUGCCUCCACUGGAUUCACCAUAGAGAUUGGUUCUGCAAUGACUGUUUUGUUGGCUUCCAAGAUCGGUCUGCCCAUCUCCACCACCCAUUGUAAGGUCGGCUCCGUAGUUUUUGUUGGCUGGGCGAACGCUUCUGCUGGAGGUGUCGAUUGGACUCUAUUUCGCAAUAUAAUCUCCGCGUGGGUGGUGACUGUACCGAUUGCCGCAGGCCUCUCCGCACUCUUCACUGCUAUCCUGCGAGCCAUUGUCCUCUAACUUGCCCAUCGCUCAACUCGUUCGUUCAAGAUCUUCGCUCGCUGACUUGGCCUACAAUUUAUCUUUAAACUUUUAUACUCUUUUAUUUACGAUAUCUGUAACCGAAGAGCUUAAUAUUUUCUACACUGGAUAUUAUGCAAUAUUUUAGAUCAUAUUUAAGUACUUUUGGUGUAAUCUUGAACGGACGAUGAAAACUAGGUGCUUUUUGUUGAGGUAAAGUCGAAGAUAAUAUUUUACUAUUUAGAUAGUAAGGAUUCGAAAUAAAUGUCACCUUAUACAACCGCUAAUGUUAUUUUUUCAAUCGUCCUGUGCUUUCUUGUUUCAUGUGGAUCUAGAUGGUUUAGGUUUUGUCACGUACCUGAUUUGAAUAUUGAAAAUUACUUGCAAUAGAUACAUGUUUUCUAUUUAAAUUGAUGUUCCCUUUAAGAGGUAAAGAUAAAAAGCUUUAAAACGUCCUUUGUGAAUGUGACUUUUUUGUACAACUUUCAAAAGUCGUGUAGCAAAAGUUUUGAUUUAUAAUAUCUGGAAAUUUGUUCGAUGAGAGCUUCAGAGUUUUAGUCUAGACUGUGCCUUUGUCAGGUCAAAUUAUGAGGAAGAGAACAAAGUCGUUUUCUGACUCAAAUUGUUGCAAGUUGCAUAUAGUUAUUGGGGUCUAUUUGUACAUGAUGAAACAUUGAUUGGAUCCAUUUUCAAAAUCAUUGAAACACUAUUUUACAAAUCUGUUAUAAACUGAAAUGUUGAGUAACAAUUUUAGAUUAAAAUGGUUGAAACUUU